AAACGAAGAAACAAGAUGGAUUCACUAAAGUUCUCUUGUUCCAUCUGUCUGGAUCUACUGAAGGAUCCGGUGACGAUUCCCUGUGGACACAACUACUGCAUGAACUGUAUUAAAACAUGCUGGGAUGAGGAGGAUCACAGAGGAGUCCACAGCUGUCCUCUGUGCAGAGAAACCUUCAUGACGAGACCCGUCCUGGGGAGAAACAGCAUGUUAGCAGAGUUAGUGGAGGAUCUGAAGAAGACUGGACUCCAAGCUGCUCCUGCUGAUCUCUGCUAUGCUGGACCUGAAGAUGUGACCUGUGAUUUCUGCUCUGGGAGGAAGGUGAAAGCUGUCAAGUCCUGUCUGGUCUGUUUAGUUUCUUAUUGUGAGAAACAUCUCCAACCUCACUAUGAUGUAGCUCAGCUGAAGAAACACCAGCUGGUGGAUCCCUCCAAGAACCUGCAGGAGAACAUCUGCUCUCUCCACGAUGAGGUGAUGAAGAUCUUCUGUCGUACUGAUCAGCAGAGUAUCUGUUAUCUGUGUACGAUGGAUGAACAUAAAGGUCAUGAAACAGUCUCAGCUGCAGCAGAAAGAUGUGAGAAGCAGAAGGAGCUGGAGGAGAGUCGACAACAAAUCCAGCAGAGAAUCCAGGACCGAGAGAAAGACGUGGAGCUGCUUCAGCAGGAGGUGAAAUACAUUAAUGUCUCUGCUGAUAAAGCCGUGGAGGACAGUGAGGAGAGCUUCAACGAGGUGAUCCGUCUCCUCCAGAAAAGCAGCUCUGAUGUGAAGCAGCAGGUCAGAUCCCAGCAGGAACAGGAAGUGAGUCGAGUCAAAGAUCUUCAGGAGAAACUGCAGCAGGAGAUCACUGACCUGAAGAGGAGAGACGCUGAGCUGGAGCAGCUCUCAGACACCGAGGACCACAACCAGUUCCUCCACAACUACCCCUCACCGUCACCCCUCAGUGGCUCCACACUCUCAUCCAGCAUCCAGAUUCGUCCUCUCAGGUACUUUGAGGACGUGACAGCAGCUGUGUCAGAGACCAGAGAGAAACUACAGGACCUUCUGAGAGAGACGUGGACAAACAUCUCACUGUCAGUGGCUGAAGUGGAUGUUUUACUGUCAGGACCAGAACCAAAGACCAGAGAUGGAUUCUUGAAAUAUUAUAAAAAAAUCACUCUGGAUCGAAACACAGCAAACUCAUAUCUAUUACUGUCUGAUGGGAACAGAAAAGUGACAGCAAUGAAAGAAAAACAGUCAUAUUCUGAUCAUCCAGACAGAUUCACAUAUUGGUUACAGGUCCUGAGUAAUGAGGGUCUGACUGGACGGUGUUACUGGGAGGUGGAGUGGAGAGGAGGAAGAGUCUAUGUUGCAGUCGUAUACAAGAACAUCAGCAGAAAAGGAAACUCAAAUGAUUGUGGAUUUGGUUACAACAACAAAAGCUGGUCUUUGCGUUGUGACACCAACACUUACACAUUUUGGCACAACGGUGUCAACACUCCUGUCUCAGGUCCUCGUUCCUCCAGAGUUGGAGUUUACCUGGACCACGGAGCUGGUCUUCUGUCCUUCUACAGCGUCUCUGAGACCAUGACCCUCCUCCACAGAGUCCAGACCUCCUUCACCCAGCCGCUCUACGCUGGACUUUUACUUCGUGGUUCAGUUGAGCUUGUUAAUGUUAAGUAAUUUAACCAUCAGUGUAUCAACUGUGUAACAAGAAAACGGUUGGAACAAAAACUAAACUGAAAAUGAAGUUUGUGGUUUUAAAUGAACAAGUGCGUAAAUAAUGAAAAUAAAAGUAACAAAAACAUG